GUGGCUGCGGGAGGGGCGCUACCGGCCCUCCUACAACAAGGGCCCGCAGUCCUCCGGCCCCGUGCUGCUGUCCCGCAAGCACGUCCAGCAGGUAACCGGCGGAGCGUCGGCCGGAGCGCGGCCCCCCGGGGGGUGGGGUGCGGAUCUUUGGGCACCGGGUGGGGUUUGGGGAGGGCUGUUGGGUGGUGGUGGCCGCUCGUUUUGCUUCUCGACGUCCGUAUGACGAAAGUAUCCCUUCUCGUCAAUAUUGCCGCGGCCCGAAUGGAAGGAGGGGAGUCGGGGCUGCGCUUCCACCGUAGUGCAGUGCGUGCGCGGGUCGGUGGCUUCUGGAGGUUCUUCUCCCAGCUGUGUGAAGUUGCACUGCGGGCACUGCUCUGCUCUGCUUUGCUGAGGUGACGCCGUUGGGCGCCCGCAGCACUUCGGUAGGGGAGAGCAGGGAAGAAAAUCCCAAACCCAGAGCAGCGCACGGCUGGGGUGACCGUUGGUUGGAGCCCCAACAGCCCGAAGCGGGGGGCGCUGAGCUGAGCCGCCCGGCCGUGGCUGCGGUGCGUGGCACAUAUGGGGACAGGGCACGGCUCGUGGGGCGCGGGCUGAGCCCUGCGAUGACACGAGGGGCACGAAGCGUGGCAUGGCUCCGUUGGCCACCUUCACCCAGCAGCUGGAACGGAGUGCCCCUCGAUGCUGGUGUGGGUGCCUGGGGGGGCUCAGUGGGGUACGUGCACGUUUCUAUAUGCGUCCUCAUCCACCCGCGAUGGCGCAGCCACGCUCCGGGGCCGCAGCUGUGCUGCUCUGGGCAGGCAGAGCACGGAGCUGCUCAGGAGGAAGUGAAAGCUGCGGUGCCGUUUCCAUUGCCCGAGCUGAGACAAUAUGCAAAGAGUGAAAGUGAACCAGAAAUCACGUUAUUAAAAUGAAGGAUGCUGACUCUUCCGAGCGGGUGCUCAUGGACAUGCGCUGGGGCCUGGUGCCCUCCUGGUUCAAAGAGGAUGACCCCUCCAAAAUGCAGUUUAAGACCUCCAACUGCCGCAGCGACACCAUGUUGAGCAAGUCCUCCUACAAGGGCCCUCUCCUCAAGGGCAAGCGCUGCGUGGUGCUGGCAGAUGGCUUCUAUGAGUGGCAGCAGCGCGGCGGGGGCAAGCAGCCCUACUUCAUCUACUUCCCCCAGAACAAGAAACACCCGGCUGAGGAGGAGGAGGACAGCGAUGAGGAGUGGCGGGGCUGGCGCCUGCUCACCAUGGCUGGGAUUUUCGACUGCUGGGAGCCGCCAAAGGGAGGAGAGCCGCUGUACACCUACACCAUCAUCACCGUGGACGCCUCCGAGGACGUGAGCUUCAUCCACCACAGGAUGCCGGCCAUCCUGGAUGGGGACGAGGCCAUUGAGAAGUGGUUGGACUUCGCUGAGGUGCCCACCCGGGAGGCGAUGAAGCUCAUCCGGCCCGCAGAGAACAUUGCAUUCCACCCCGUGUCCACCUUUGUCAACAGCGUCCGCAACGACACACCUGAGUGCCUGGUGCCCAUCGAGCUGGGAGUCCCCAAGGAGGUCAAAGCUACUGCAAGCAGCAAGGCGAUGCUGGGUUGGCUGAAGAGCUCCCAGGAGGGCUCUCCCCAGAAGAAAGAAGACACUUUGCCCAGGUGGAAGAGCCAGUUCAUCCACAGCCCUUCGCCCAAGAAGAGCAGUGCAGGCAUCCUGCGGCAGUGGCUGGGGCAGGAGGGGGGGCCGCCUGCCAAGAAGCAAAAGGCAUAGGGCAGCCAGACCCUGCUUGUCUGCAGAGCUCCCUGAGCACAGUGCAGAACGCCCGUUGGAGGGCUUUGCAGACGCUAAUGGGAUUCUCCAAACCUCUCAGGUGUUGUUCUGAUGUCCUGGGGAUGUCGUCUCUGUUCACCUGUUGUUAAAGGUUACUGUUUGUCUCCUCUCAUUUUCUCCUUUUUUCUGUCUUUUUUUUUUCUUGUUAUUAAACUCUUUACCUCUUUUCCACUUA